CAAAUAAAAUCAUCCAAUCUUCCGUUAAUUAAAUUCAAACAAAAACAUUCGUAUUUUCUCAUCAAGUUAAUUAACCUUCGAAACAUGUCUUGCUCAAGUGGAAAGUGCAACUGUGGCUCAAGCUGCUCAUGCGGCAGCAGCUGCAACUGCAACUCAUGCAGCGUUGAGAAAUCAUCCACCACCAUGAUGAUCAUCGACGGUGUUGCACCCAAGAUGACCUUCGCCGAAGGAUCAGAGACCAGCUUUGUUGCCGAGAGUGGAAACACUUGCAAGUGCGGAGGAAACUGCAAGUGCGACCCAUGCAACUGCUAAAUCCGAGGCCGGACCAUGACCCGAACAAGGACUUGUGUUUUUAUGUUUGUGUUUUCAUGUAAUAAAUAAAAAAGGAACCUACGUUGUUGUGUCAUCUGGAUUUGUAAUGUAAUGGUUUCCAAGGCUGCUUUAUGUUUAUGUAAAAGUGGAUGCUAUUAAAAUUUAACUUGUUUGGGUA